AUGGGUGUGGCAAAGAAGACGAGAAAGUUUGGCCUUGUCAAGCGAGUACUUGGCAAGAGCGACGGGCGACGGAAGGAAAACAUAGCGAAACAAGAGGCUCUGCAGAAAAACAAGCAAAGGACGACGGUCCAGGGCGAGCUGGUGCGUGAGGUGACGCAGAUGCCCAGCAACAUGUUCUUCCAGCACAACACGGCCCUCGUACCGCCCUACAACGUCCUCAUCGACACCAAUUUCCUCAGCCACACGGUGCAGCGCAAGCUGUCGAUGCUCGAGUCAAUGAUGGACUGCCUGUACGCCAAGUGCAACCCCAUCAUUACCACGUGCGUCAUGUCGGAGCUCGAGAAGCUCGGCCCCAAGUACCGCCUGGCCCUUCGCGUGGCGCGCGACGAGCGCUGGCAGCGCCUCACCUGCGACCACAAGGGCACCUACGCCGACGACUGCCUCGUAGACCGUGUGCAAAAGGACAGGAUAUACAUUGUGGGCACCAAUGACAGGGCCCUCAAGCAGCGGCUGCGCAAGAUUCCGGGUGUGCCACUCAUGAGUGUGGCGCGGGGCAAAUAUGUUAUAGAGAGGCUGCCGGGUGCGCCGGAUUCAUGA